AUUUGCUUUUGGGUCCAAUAUCGACCAAUCGAGAAUUGGUCCAAUGCGCUUCUGCCCUUUUCCCCCAAAAGCUAAAACCCUUGAUCUUUUGAAGCAUGAAAUUCAAUUCUUUGCAUUGGGCAGUUUCUUUGCCUUCAUUUGUAACUACAAAGAAUGAAUAAAGAGUUCCUUUUCUGCAAAAUUUUUCCUAUCGCCAUGGAUAGCAUUACUGAGGUGGAGAUUUGCCGUCUGCUGAAAAGAUGGUAAGAAAACUUAUCCAAGCUCAUAUGGUUUAUCUAUAUCCUUUCGAAAUUCUAGGGUUUUAAUUUCUCCAAUUCGAAUUGUUCAUCGUCAACAUUCAACAUGAUUCAACUCUACAAUUUGAAGACCCUCCGAUUGGUUAAUUCUAUAUUUUCUUGUGCAUUUGCAUCCAAACCUAAAAGAUUUGUUCUUGCUGAUCCAAAACCCUCGAAGCUUUGUCUUCCAAAUCAGUUGCUUUGCAGACCCAUCACCUCAGAAAUCUCAGAAACCCACCAGGAUUUCAAAGUCAAUUACCUCAUAAACACAUGUGGGUUGUCCCCAGAAGGUGCAAUUUCAGUAUCUAAAAGGGUGAAGCUGGAAUCUCCAAAAAAGGCAGAAUCUGUUUUGGCCCUUUUCAGAAACCAUGGAUUGUCUCAAACCCAGAUAUCAAAGGUCGUUAGGUCACGUCCGAAGAUUCUUUCCGCCGAUCCGGAGAAAACCCUUUUGCCAAAGCUUGAGUUUUUCAUUUCUCUCGGGGUUUCGAGGGUGGACCUUGCAAAAACUCUGGCUUAUAAUCCAUAUCUUCUGGUAAUCAGUUUGGCAAACAGGAUUCUGCCCACUUACGAUUUCCUUAGGAGUAUCCUUUCAGAGAAAAAUGUUAUUGCCCUUUUCAAGCGCUACUCGCGGAUUUUCAUGGAAAGUCAAUUCAAGAAUGUGAUACCAAAUAUUGAGCUUUUGAGAGAAUCAGGUAUGAGCCCACGAGGUAUCUCCUUAGUGCUAACAUAUUGCACUCCCGUUUUGAUGGUGCGUCCUGAACAACUUGGUCAGCUUGUGGUUGAGGUUAAGGAAAUGGGAUUCAAUCUGGAAAAAACGACUUCAGUGAAUGCACUGCGUGCACUGUGUGGUAAGAAUAAGUUGGUAUGGAAUAGAAGUCGCGAAGCUUUGAAAAGGUGGGGUUGGUCUGAUGACGAUAUUCUCUCUGCGGUCAAGAAGAAUCCGCAGUGUAUGAUUGUGUCUGAGCGGAAGCUAAUGCAAGCAAUGGAUCUUUUAGUGAACAAGAUGGGAUGGUCCUCAGAAAUGAUUGCCAAAUACCCGGUGGUCCUCAGUUUGAGUUUGGAGAGGAGACUUAUCCCGAGGUGUUCGGUAGUUAAAGUUUUGUUGUUGAAAGGUUUGAUGAAUGACAACUUGAAUUUGGGUUCGGUGCUGAAACCUACGGAUAAGCAGUUCUUGGAGAUGUUUGUGAACAGAUAUAUUGGCAAAGUACCUCGAUUGUUGAGUGUGUAUCAAGGAAAGGUGGAUAUCCAGGAUGCAUGAUCUUGGUACGCGGAAUUUUCCUUCAAUGAGGAGUGGAGAAACUAAUUUUUGUUCACUUCCCAAAUUAUAUGAUAGAACGGCUGUCACUCCUUGAUCCCAUGCUCUGUUACUAAUAGGAACUCCUGACAAAGUGUACGGCUGCUUUGUAAUCAUUUUCUUCUGUUAUUCUUAAUGACGACGUGAUAUCUGCAAUGCUUGUAGAACUGGGAUCUUCAGAGUUCAGGUGGCAAAAAACCCAGUUCUGGUGGGGAUGUAAUGGAUUGUGUUUUGGGAAUUUUAAUCUUUGGGGUGAAUAUAUUUAUAAGGCCUAUGGAGAUUUUCUGAUCUCAAGAGAUUGGAAGAGACUUCCUACUAACAACAAUUCCCAGUUUACAUUAAAAACUACCCCGAUCCUUUUACCUAAAGCUAUCAACACGGAGAGUGUUAUAACAGCCGGAAAAGGGAUUGCCGGGUAUCUGCGCACGUCUGGAGUCUGGACUGUGUACCUUCUGUAUUUGUACUUAAUUUUAGCUCAACUAAGGCAGUUGGUUUCUGCAAUAUGUGUGGAACCAACUAUCCAAACAAGUAGCAUGCCAACAAGUAAGCAACAAAGGGUAAACGCAUAAGGAGGGAAGCAGUGUAACAGUGUCCAGUAAUUUUUUAUGUAAUACUGUUGAUAUUGUUAUUACUAACUAGUUUUGCAGAGAAAUAUUGACUCGCAUUUAUA